AUGCCUCUCACUGUUGAGCUCCAUUUCUGUGAGCAGUACCUGCAUCGCUCGUACCUCAAGAAGCUCUCUCGCUGUGCGCUCUCUCUCCUCAUGGGCUGCAGCAGUGCUCGCCUCUCCCCCCGCGGGGACUACGAGCCCCUGGGCGUACCACUCAACUACCUGGCUGCUGGCUGCCCUGCCAUCGUGGGUAACCUGUGGGACGUCACAGAUGGGGACAUUGACAGAUACUCACAGCGGAUUCUGGAAAGCUGGGUUGGGAAGGCUCGGGUGGUGGGGUGUGGGAGUGGGGUUGGGGAGAGGGAGAAGCGUGGGGGUGGUUCGUGUGAGUGUGAGAAGGUGGAACUGUGUGAGAAAGAGGAGUGGAGAGGUGGGGAGAGGGGGGAUUCGGUGUUGGUGCUUCCGGAGUGCAAGUGUGUGUGUGUGGGAGGGACUGUGGCGGAAGCGAGGAGUGUGUGUCGGCUGCGGCAUUUGAUUGGGCUGGCUCCUGUGUGCUAUGGAGUGCCGUGCUCCCUGCAACCAGCAGAGCCCACUUGA